CUUUCCAGUGGAAGUCGGACAGCUUUAGAGCCUGAACUCAACAACAAGCCCUCGGCUGGCCCGUCACAGCCAGUUGUUCUUUUCUUUUUCCUCUCCCUCUUUUUUUUUGGGAGCCCUCCUGCUUUCCCUCCGCCUGCAGCCACGGUGUGAGUGAGUGGGUGUGUCGAUGCGGGCCAGUGUAGCCUAGUCGCUGCUUGUGCGCACUCUGAAAAAGAGGAAAAAGUUGAUGAUGAGUUUAGUGUGAAAGCGGCCCGCCUCAGAGCAGGCUAACCGUCCGGGAAUGGCAGUUUGGACCAGAGCGGACAAAAACGGCCAACUGGACCUUCUGCUCCGCGACCGCUGGAUCCGAGUGGCCGCCGAACUCACCCGAGAAACGCUGACUUUAACGGCCGAGGCGGAGGCGCCCGGACAGGGGGGCAGUCACUGGGACUACAACAACUCUUCGGCGGGCCUGCGAAAUGGCAUGUCGAACGGAAACGACCCGGGAACGAGUCCGGGGAACCCUGGCCGCGGUCCGUCCUCGGGUCAAGACCAACUCCAGAACCAGAACCACGGGGGUCGGGGGCGCAGCGGAAGCCCGGGGCGCGGGGGUGCCAGUCGGGGUCAGUACGACGGCAACUACGGUUUAAACAGCCCCGGGAAGUACACAAAUAACGGCACAAACUCUGACUUUGGAAGCCCCGGCUCCAGCUACGGCAGUCCCGGGUCCAGCUUCGGGUCGAGACAGGGCGACUUUCCCGUCAGUCUGGACGGCUCCUCGGAAGCGGUGCGGAAAGUCCGAGUUGUCAAACAGGAAUCCGGCGGGCUGGGGAUCAGUAUCAAGGGGGGGCGCGAGAACCGGAUGCCCAUCCUCAUCUCCAAGAUCUUCCCGGGGCUCGCCGCCGACCAGAGCCGGGCUCUCCGGGUGGGCGACGCGAUCCUGUCGGUGAACGGGAACGACCUCCGGGAGGCAACGCACGACCUGGCGGUACAGGCGCUUAAGAAGGCCGGGAAAGAAGUGACGCUGGAGGAUCCAGCUGGAAGGUGGACGGCAGCAGUACAAGCCGGUGGUCAUGGCACUGACGGAGAAGGACAUCCUGCUGUUUGAAUCGGUUCCGUGGAGCAGAGAGUCCUGGUCCGUGCCUCUGCUCACACACCCACUGCUAGCCACAAGGCUGGUUCAUUCUGGCAACGCCCGGGGUUCUCCUGCCCAGGGUUCAGACCUGGUGUUUGCCACUCGGACAGGCACGGGGCGGGGCAUCGAGUCCCACGUCUUCCGAGUGGAGACCCAUUGGGAUCUGUCUUCAUGGACGCGAGCCCUCGUGCAAGGGGCACAUGCUGCGGCCGAGCUGAUCAAAGAGGUCUCCAUUGGUGUUUGACCUCCACUCGGGUCCAAAGCCGGUAGUGUUCGUGCUCCACUCCUUCCUGUCAGCCAAGCUCACUCGUAUGGGCCUGCUGACGUGAAACAACUAACAGCAGCAGCGCUCGAGAGGACGGGCCUGGGCACAACAAGCAGGGUGGAAGACGCUCCCAAAAUGUCCAUUGUGGGGGUUGAUUUUUUUAUUUUAUUUUAUUUUAUUUUAUUCUCCAUUCACAGCUGAAGUUAGGCCUGAGGUGGCACUGCAGGGGACAUUUGAACCCAGGAUUGUUGAUUGUCUUAAAAACGUGCCUUCUCUUCCAACUUUCUCCUCAACCUCUUGCAGUCAUUUGUAUUGCAAGGUCAGGUAAAAGGAAGUGGCACUUUGCUUGAAGUCAAGCCGUACCAUUGCAUGUGAUAAUGUAUUAAAUUUGAUUAUGAUUAUCUGAUACAGUGUAAAAACAAAUUAAGAUGCUGUGAUGUGCUUAUGAGAUUCCAUUACCAGUGCACUCCAAGCAAAGUGUUACUGAUAUAUAUUAAGGAACGGAAGGAUUUUUUUUAGACAAUUAAUACACAGCCAAGCACAGAUCCGUAAAUGCUCCCUGUUUUAACUCAAUGCCUAUCAUUCCAUGACAGCCUUCCAAUGUAUCUUUUUAACGUAUUUGUCUGUGUUUGUGUGGACGUGUGAGUGAAAGGAGCUGUUUUAGAGUCAGAGUGCAGUCCACUGAGCGGAGAAUGUGUGUGUGUGUGUGUGUGUGUGUCUAUACUACACGCUUUUGUUGGCUUGAUAGUGUGCCUGCUGUCUGACAGACUCACCUUUUAGCACGUUAUCCCAAACUACUGUUGUCAUCAGGAUCGCCAACUGUGCCUUUUUACAUGUAGUCGAAGACACUCUUUGUAAUGUUUUUUUAUUUUUAUUUCACACAAUAAGAGAGUUUCAAGCUUUCGACGUUCGCGAGCAAUAGUAUUACUCUUAUAGUGUAAACCAUGUUACUUUGUUUUUCUGUCGUCUGUUUUUAUAAGUGUAUAUCUGAUGAUAGCAUGACUCCCUGACAUUGAACUCCGUAUCAGAUGAUGACAUGACCGUGUGUUACCCCCCCCCCACUUUACUGACCUACACUACCACGUCGUCUCAAUGUCGCUAUCAUCACAUUCCAAUUUGCUUGAGAUUACGUGUCUCUUGUUACUGUUCCUACAGCAGCAUUUUUUGGGGGGGCUAAGGACUGUUUAACAGGCUUGUUUCAAGGUGGGCCAUCAAAUGACAGAGGUACCAGUGUAUUUUCAUAAUCUGGUAAAAGACGCUGUACCUCAUAUCCUGCAGUAGAGAAAUUACUGCACACUUGUCUUACAGCUUAUUACAGUCUUUUUUUGCCGCUUUAGUCUCAAAAAGCCUUCAAAAGUUUGGGAAAAGAAUCUUCACUCGUCCUCUUAAUAGCUUUCUUUUGGAGCUUUCAGCCUUGUCUUUGCUGAGUUGCCAUGGAGAUAGCUCAGCUGUCAUCACGUGAGCCUAAGUAUGGAACUUAACUCAUCGCAUCACAAUAGGUGUUCGUACAUUAUAUAAGAGUAUAUAGUAUAUCGUACAGUUAUUGCUCUGAAUAGUUUUUGGUCUGGGACUGUAUUUUGAAAAAACUUUAAAUAAUCACACUUUACACACUUACUAUCUUAACUUAACUAAAAAGCCUGAGGAGUAAACAGCUACUUGCUGAGUGUGAGAAUUAAUAUUGCAUUUAGGUGAGAUAUAUCACAGAAAACAAAAUAAAGAAAACUUAACACCACACAGAAUAAAUGCUAGCCAUAUUCUUGUUGCAAGAAAAAAUGCAAAUGCAAAUAGUAGGCUAAAAGUACCCUAUUCUAAAUAAUACAUGUUGCUAACAUGUUAUUUAUCACGACCAGUUAUGUAACUCAUUCCAAAACGUGUCUCUGCAC